AUGACUCUAAAAGCUGAGCUAGCUCAUUCAGCUGUUGCAGUGCUAUCUGAGAAAUGGGCAAGGCUGCGGUGCGGCGCCGGUCCACCGGAUCCGGAUGAGUGCAGGGCUGCGGUGCGGCGCCAGCUCACCGACCGCAGCGACGUCUACUCCUUCGGCGUCCUCCUCGUCGAGCUCGCCUCCGCGCGCCGCCCCAUCGAGACCAAGCGCGAGAUGAAGGAGCGCCUCACCGCGCGCUGGGCCAUGGCCAGGUUCAUCGGCGGCGCCGCCGCCGACGUGCUCGACCCGCACCUCGCGCGCACGCCCGCCGCGGAGCGCGCGCUCGAGAUGCUGCUGGAGCUCGCCUUCCGACUGCUCGGCAUCCCGCGGCUGUUCUUCCACGGGCCGUCGUGCUUCUACUCCCUCUGCGACCUCCAGGCCGCCAACCACGGGCUCCACGAGCGGAUAGCCGCGGGCGGCGACGAAGACAAACACGCCGUGCCGGGUGUGCCCGUGCCGGUAACGGUGACGAGAGCCACCGCCCCUGGUUUCUUGAACCACCCCGCGACGGAGGUGCUACGCGACGCGGCCAUGGAGGCCAUGCGCACGGCGGAUGGCUUCGUCGUGAACACGUUCCUGGACCUCGAGGCCCAGUUCGUGGCGUGCUACGAGGCGGCGCUAGGCAAGCCGGUGUGGGUGGUCGGCCCGCUCAGCCUCUGCAACCGGGACGUGGAGUCCACGGCGUCGCGCGGCAGGACGGCCGCCGCUGGCUGCCAGCAGGCAAUCACGGCGUGGCUGGACGGGCAGGCCCCCGGCUCCGUCGUGUUCGUCAGCUUCGGCAGCAUCGCGCGCAAGCUCCCGAGGCAGCUGGUCGAGGUCGGCCACGGCCUGGAGGACUCCGGCAGGCCGUUCCUCUGGGUGGUGAAGGAGACCGAGGCGGCGGCGCCGGGGGUGCGGGAGUGGCUGGAGGCCCUGGAGGCGCGCACGGCGGGGCGCGGCCUCGUGGUGCGCGGGUGGGCGCCGCAGCUCGCCGUGCUGUCGCACCGCGCCGUCGGCGGGUUCGUGACCCACUGCGGGUGGAACUCGCUGCUGGAGUCCAUCGCGCACGGCGUGCCUGUGGCGACGUGGCCGCACUUCGCCGACCAGUACCUGAACGAGCGGCUGGUGGUGGACAUGCUCGGCGUGGGCGUGCCUGUCGGCGUGACGACGGCGUCCGUGAUGGUAUUCGACGACGACACCGUGGCGUUGCCGCGGGAGGGCGUCGUGCGGGCGGUGUCGGCGCUGAUGGGCGGAGGGGAGGAGGCCGACGAGAGGAGGCGGAAGGCCAGGGAGUACGGGGAGAAAGCUCGCAGGGCCAUGGAGGAAGGAGGGUCCUCGUACGAGAACCUGACGCGGCUGGUACAAAGCUUCGCGCAAAGUGAAGUCAAAGGACCCAAGGAGUGAUCAUUGGGCUGUUGCUGUUGUCCUACAUUUCUUGAAUCCAUCGGCUUUGCUGCAUGAUGUGUUGAUGCCAUGAUCUCGUAAUGUUCAUCUCUGAAA